AGGCAGUCUAGCGGUUGCCAGCCCUGGUCAGGUCUGGUUCACAAAAAAAAAGUAAAAUUACAUUUUAAUCUUCCCAAUAUGCAAAUAUCUGUGCGGAAUUCAGCGGAAACAGAACGCAGGCAGUGAAUACCGCCUCAAGAAUGUGACAUUCGCCCGUGCAAAGAGACGUUUCGUGCCUUGCCCGAGUGCCGAACCCCUUCCAGCCGCACAAAAUCGAUGCAGAUGCUGCUGUCUGCAUCGCUCGCACAUUCUUAUGGAGAGUGCACUAAAGUCGGUCGCCACAGGCCACGGGGCCCAGUGACAGCAACGAAAGCCGUGAAAUUAACUAGCAAUAAACACUGAAAGAGUCGCAUUUCAAAAGAUGCACACUAACGAAAACAAAAGCAAUAACAAGGUGCUCGAAUCGGACCAAAAUAAAUACAUACAGACGGCCGAGGGGGCCGAUGAUAUGUAUUGACGUCGCUGCCGCGCUGAAGUGGAGCUGAUUACACAAAAGAUCCUCAAAACAGUUUUAUCCAAGGCUCGAAUAUGUCCGACGGUGUCAGCAUCUUGCACAUAAAGCAGGAGGUGGACACUUCUUCGGCCGGCGGCGGAACCUCGUGCUUCAGUCCCAGUUCAAAGUCAACGGCCACGCAGAGUGGCACCAACGGCAUGAAGUCCUCGCCCUCGGUCUCGCCGGAGCGGCAGCUCUGCAGCUCAACGACCUCCCUCUCCUGCGAUCUGCACAACGUAUCCUUAAGCAACGAUGGCGAUAGUCUGAAGGGCGGUGGAGCCGGCAGUGGCACCAGUGGCAACGGCGGUGGAGGAGGAGGCGGUGGCGGCACCAGUGGAGGAAGUGCCAACACUGCGAGUGCCGGAACAGGUUCCGGAUCCGUCAGGGAUGAGCUGCGCCGGCUGUGCUUGGUUUGCGGCGAUGUGGCCAGUGGAUUCCACUACGGCGUGGCCAGCUGCGAGGCCUGCAAGGCGUUUUUCAAACGCACCAUCCAGGGGAACAUUGAAUACACCUGCCCGGCGAACAACGAGUGCGAGAUCAACAAGCGGAGACGCAAGGCCUGCCAGGCGUGUCGCUUCCAGAAGUGCCUGCUCAUGGGCAUGCUCAAGGAGGGCGUGCGCUUGGAUCGGGUUCGUGGUGGGCGGCAGAAGUACCGACGGAAUCCCGUCUCCAACUCAUACCAAACUAUGCAGCUGCUAUACCAAUCCAACACCACCUCGCUGUGCGAUGUGAAGAUCCUGGAGGUGCUCAACUCCUACGAGCCGGACGCCUUGAGCGUCCAAACGCCGCCACCGCAGGUGCACACAACUACCAUUGCUAAUGACGAGGCCUCAUCCUCUUCGGGCAGCAUUAAACUGGAGUCCAGCGUUGGAGUCACGCCCAAUGGGACUUGCAUUUUCCAGAACAACAAUAACAAUGAUCCCAAUGAAAUACUGAGCGUGCUGAGCGACAUUUACGACAAGGAGCUGGUCAGCGUAAUUGGCUGGGCCAAGCAGAUCCCUGGAUUCAUAGAGUUGCCCCUCAACGACCAGAUGAAACUGCUGCAGGUGUCGUGGGCCGAAAUCCUCACCCUCCAGCUGACCUUUCGGUCGCUGCCGUUUAAUGGCAAACUGUGCUUCGCCACGGACGUCUGGAUGGACGAGCUGCUGGCCAAGGAAUGCGGCUACACGGAGUUCUACUACCAUUGCGUGCAGAUUGCGCAGCGCAUGGAGAGGAUUUCGCCACGCAGGGAAGAGUACUACCUGCUAAAGGCGCUGCUGCUGGCCAACUGCGACAUCCUGCUGGACGAUCAGAGUUCGCUGCGCGCCUUCCGCGAUACGAUUCUCAACUCCCUUAACGAUGUCGUCUACUUGCUGCGCCACUCGUCGGCGGUGUCGCAUCAGCAGCAGUUGCUCCUGCUGCUGCCUUCGCUGCGGCAGGCGGAUGACAUCCUGCGGCGAUUCUGGCGGGGAAUAGCUCGCGAUGAAGUCAUCACGAUGAAGAAACUGUUCCUCGAGAUGCUCGAGCCGCUGGCCAGGUGAAACGGAUUAUGCGGGCGGCCAAUCUAGUUGAUCUAGCUGAUAAGCAAAGGUGCAAAUAUAGUCUUAAGUUGGACGUAUACUAGCGUAGAUUAAGCGUAGGAUAAGCCAUGUACAUAGAUAGUAAAAUACUUGUCGGGUAAGAUAAGUUCGCAGAGAAAAAACUCUUUUUAAUGACCUACAAACUACAGCAACUCAAAAUUCUACUUAAGCCUAGAAUCGCGACGUGUGUACACUCGAUAAAGGUGCAAGGGUGUUGUACGUCCCCCUUUGUAAAUGAGUCACAGUUCUCCAAUAAUUUGUUCAAAUCGAUUCUCACUGGUUUUGAUAUGCGAUUCAUAACCUUUCGAUGAAACGUGGUAUGUAACUUUAAGGCCCUUUUAACUUACUUAGUAGAAACAUUACAUUGGACUAUAUACUGCUUGUCAGUUUCAUGUUUCCCAGUGAUUUUUGUGUAUGCAGUACACUUGCGGUCAAAUGAAGUAGCACUUUUAAUACAACUCAAAUUGCAUAGCCUAACGAUAUUCUUUAGUUCUGUGUUUUAUUUAGGAUUUAAAGUUUCGUUUCCUUAGAUUUGCAAAAAGAAUUGUUAUAUUAGUGUUCUUAAAUGUGGUUUUAAUAAAUGUGAAUUUGUUACAUACCAAAA